GUCUGAUUUGUUUUCAGUUCUUCUGUUCGCCAUUGAUUCAGACUCCUAAUAGGAGCUUCCUCCCCACCAUCUCGCCUCGCUCUAAUGGCGCCUCCCAGGAUCCUACUCUGCGGUGAUGUCUUCGGCCGCCUCAAUCAACUAACCAAGCGAGUCUCAUCGGUUAACAAGUCAGCCGGUCCUUUCGAUGCUCUUCUUUGUGUUGGCCAGUUCUUUCCUGACUCGCCUGAGCAGCUUGAAGAAUUCAUAGGAUAUAUUGAUGGGCAUUCAAAAUUUCCCCUGCCAACCUACUUUAUAGGUGACUAUGGCGUUGGUGCACCUAAGAUUCUAUCUGCUGCUUCCAUUGAUUCUGCCAAACAAGGGUUUAAGAUGGAUGGGUUGAAAAUAUGUGACAACUUGUUUUGGUUGAAAGGCAGUGGCAAGUUCUUUCUCAAUGGUUUAUCUAUAGUAUACUUAUCAGGUAAGGAUUCAUCAAGUGGACCUCAAAUUGGAACAUUCAGUCAAGAUGAUGUUGAUGCACUCAGGGCAUUAGCUGAUGAACCUGGGAUAAUUGAUAUGUUCCUGACUAAUGAAUGGCCAAGUGGGAUCACUAAUAGAGCAGCCAGCUCUGAUGUUCCUCCUGGAGCGUUGAGCGAAUCAGGUAGCAGUUCCACUGUAGCUAACUUGGUUUCAGAGAUCAAACCACGCUACCACAUUUCGGGCACAAAGGGAGUUUUUUAUUCUCGGGAACCAUAUAACAACUUUGACGCUGUACAUGUAACCCGGUUCAUAGGUCUUGCUUCAGUUGGAAAUAAAGAUAAACAAAAAUUUGUUCAUGCAAUUUCUCCUACUCCAUCAUCUACUAUGACUGCUAGUGAGCUUUCCAUGAAGGCAUCAAACACUACUAUGUCUCCAUUUGGAUCUGGUGAGGCAACAAACCACACUGUGCAAGCCACAAAGAGACAUGACAAUACAGAUCCUGAUUCACAGUACUGGCGUUAUGACGUGUCCAAGAAGCGGCAAAAACAUGGAGAAAGUGAUAGCAAGAGGCUGUGUUUCAAAUUUCUUUCUUCUGGGUCUUGUCCACGAGAAAACUGUCACUUCCAGCAUGAUGAGGAUGCAAGAGAACAAUAUCAAAGAGGUGUAUGCUUUGAUUUUCUCAACAAAGGACAGUGUGAAAGAGGCCCAGACUGCAGUUUUAAACACAGCCUGCAGGAGGAAGGCAAAGCUAUCCCCAACAGGAGAUCUGGACAGGGACAUGCAAGUGGUGACCGGUCAAGAGAAUGUUGGUUUUGUUUGUCAAGUCCAAACGUGGAGUCACACCUCAUUUGCAGUGUAGGGGAAUACUACUAUUGCGCUCUUCCUAAAGGACAAUUAGUUGAAGAUCACAUUCUCCUUGUACCAAUUGAACACAUACCAAAUACUCUCUCUUCAUCCCAUGAAGGAGAAUCAGAACUGAACAAAUAUCAAAGUAGCCUAACAAUGUAUUUUAAGAGCCAAGCUAAAGAUGUAGUUUUCUUUGAGUGGGUGUCCAAGCGAAGCACUCAUGCUAACCUUCAGGUGGUACCUAUUCCAUCAUCUAGAACAUCUAUAAUUAGAGACAUAUUUAACUUAGCUGCUCAGAAAUUGGGAUUUGAAUUCUUGGUUUUGACAAAUGAUAGUAGUUCUGAAGGGAGAAGGCUUCUACAAAAGCAGUUUGAUAGAAAUAGUAGUUUAUUCUAUGUACAACUCCCUGGAGAUACAAUCAUAUAUCAUCCUGUCGAAGAGAACGAAAAAUUCCCUGCUCAAUUUGGCCGUGAGGUUCUGGCUGGUUUGUUCAACAAGCCAGAUAGAGAUGACUGGCGGAACUGUAAGCUCAGCAAAGAAGAGGAGGAGGAGAUGGUUGAGAGUUUCAAGAGUCGAUUUGGAAAGUAUGAUCCGAACCAGUGAUCCAAAUUUUCGUAAGAUUUGAGUUUUCGUUAGAAAAUGCAGCUAUUAUCAAGUGUAAACUUCCAGAAGGGGUAAUCUGCUUCUCGAGCAUACAAUAUAUCCUGCACCAUCACUUAGGUUCAUGAAUGAGGGAUUUGAUCCGAAAGGCUUCGCGUGAAUCCAAUUUAGCAAUAGUUGAGAAUUUGUUGAGGUAGAGUUUUGAAUGCGUUGUAAUGAAUCUUCACAAAUACAAAAAAUUUGAAUGGUAACAAGAUUAUACAUUGCAAAAUCAUGGCAUUGCAAUUGUGUUGAGCUACAAACUAGUAACUUCUGAAUAUUUAGAAUGUUCAUAAGAUUUAUACCUUGUGUGAUUAGGAAGUGAAAUCAUUGUGUUCCAUUCAUGUUUGUAGGGUUA